AUGCCUGCACCAGUAACAACAGAAAGCGUAGUCGAAGAUUGGGUUUUCUUUCCGGACGGUGUACAAUUUUACACAAAAACUUGGAAGGCAUUUUUUGAACCACCGGUUGCCACAGUUGUAUUCGUUCAUGGUUUUGGCGAACAUGUAAAUCGAUAUGAUCACGUAUUCGAAAAAUUUCAGCAAAAAAAUAUAGAAGUUUUUGCAUACGAUCAACGCGGAUUUGGGCAAACCGCGGCACGUAAUAAGAAUCCGGGUGUGACGAGCUGGAAACUCGCGACCGCGGAUAUUACACAUGCUCUUCGUUUAAACAGGCGUGAAGGCAUUCCUCAGUUUUUAUUUGGUCAUAGUAUGGGUGGUGCACUUGCUGCUAACUAUGCAACAGAAGGACCGGAACGAGAUAAUGUAACUGGCUUCCUAAUCUCUGCUCCUUUCUUGAACCAAGCUGCUCCUACCAAAACGCCGCAAUCGAACGUAUACCUGGUAUCUGCAGUUUCAAAAGUUUUACCGAGCUUCCAAGUUGGCAUAAAAUUACCCCCAGAAUACUUGAGUCGCGUCCCUGAAGAAGUUAGGAAGUACGAGGAUGACCCGUUUGUUCAUAGUAUUGGUUCUUUGGGUGGAAUCUCUGACAUGUUACAUGGUCCGAAAUCCGUGUUGAAAUCAAAAUACAAAAAUAUCACAAAGCCAAUAUUCAUGGUACAUGGAGAUGAAGAUAAGAUUACUUGUUUCAAAACCUCCAAAGAAUUUUUCGAGAAGAUCCCAUCAAAGGAUAAAACUUUUCGUGAAUGGAAAGGAGGAUAUCAUGAAC